UCUGAACCGCCGGUUCCAUCCACAAGCAAAGCACUACCACUAGCUUAGCACUCGACACAAAACUCUGAGCUUUCUGCCAAGAAAGAAGGUGAUACAACCAUGGUCAGUGCCAAGAGACUUUCUCAGAUGAUAAGGAAGUGGCAAAGAGUGGCAGCCAUCAGGAGGAAGAGGCUCAUGUGGACUUCAGCAAAAGAAGUCGAUGAGUGCUGCACGUCAGUGGCAGUGAAGGGCCACUGCGCCAUGUACACUGCUGACGGGAGGCGGUUUGAGGUGCCAUUGGCGUACCUCAGCACGACGAUCAUCGGGGAGCUCCUGAGGAUGUCUCACGAUGAGUUUGGCUUCACAAGCGAUGGAAGGAUAACCCUGCCUUGUGAUGCAGCUCUAAUGGACUAUGUCAUGUGCUUGCUCAGAAGGAACGCAUCAGAAGAGGUAGAGAGAGCUUUCUUGAGCUCUGUGGUGAGACCUUGCCACUAUGGAAAUGGUUUGGAGCCAUCCAUGGGAGUUAGCCAGCAAGUAGCUGUUUCUGGCUUCUGAGGAUUCAGUGUUCGUUUUACCUUCUUUUUUCUGUCCAUCCUUUUGGAUGAUGUAAAUAGUUCUAUGUAGGAGAUAGGGAAUGAAAGAAUCAUAUUGGAAGUUGACUA